GUGACAGGUGGGGAACGCGCGUUCUGAUUGGUCGACCAGCGGGACUAGCGACGUCCAGCGCAAACACUUUCGAUUGUCUUUUUCUACUACAUUUUACCCCUAACCAUCCAAGCUCAAAGGCUAUCAAUCCGGUGGAGACAACCAUUGAUCAAGAGCCUCUCUAAGGAUUAAGCAGCGGUUCAUUUCCGUCCUUUGAUCAGUCGAGUGUCCCAUAGACCUAGAAACACUCACAGACUUAAAAGCGGCAGAAUGGACAGAACAGAGCUCAUCCAGAAGGCGAAGCUGGCCGAGCAGGCAGAGCGCUAUGAUGAUAUGGCGGCCUGUAUGAAGUCGGUGACUGAAGCUGGCACCGAGCUGUCAAAUGAGGAGAGAAACCUGCUAUCGGUCGCCUAUAAGAACGUGGUGGGCGCUAGGAGGUCUGCGUGGAGGGUUAUCUCCAGCAUCGAGCAGAAGACCGAGGGAAAUGACAAGAAACUGGUGAUGGUGAAGGAAUACCGGGAGAAAGUGGAGUCUGAACUGCGGGAUAUCUGCAAAGAUGUGUUGGAGCUGCUGAACAAAUAUUUAAUUGAGAUUUCCUCAACUCCUGAGAGCAAAGUCUUCUACCUGAAGAUGAAGGGUGACUACUACAGAUACCUUGCUGAAGUUGCCUCAGGAGAUGACAAGAAAACUACCAUAGAAAGCUCUCAGGAUGCUUACCAGAAAGCAUUCGAUAUAAGCAAGGCAGACAUGCAGCCAACACACCCCAUACGCCUGGGUCUGGCCCUUAACUUCUCUGUCUUUUUCUAUGAAAUACUUAACUCUCCAGAAAAGGCCUGUGCCCUGGCCAAACAGGCUUUUGAUGAGGCCAUUGCAGAGCUCGAUACGCUGAAUGAAGAGUCUUACAAAGACAGUACUCUGAUUAUGCAGCUACUGAGAGACAACCUCACAUUAUGGACAUCCGACAAUGCACCAGAUGAGGUUGAAGGAGGCGAGGCCGGAGACAACUAGAACACACUCCUUCAACAAAGAAAACAACCUUUGUACACAUCUCCAUUCCUUAUAACUCCAUGUCAGAAAUCCUCCAGUAAAGAAUGAACCCAUAAUUGAAGAGCCGUUUAUGAGGAAAGAAAAACUAGAAAAUCAUAUAGCCUUUUCACAGUGCAACUUCUGGGCAAGGAAAGAAAGAUAUUUGGGGAGAGACUGUUCCUUAGUUUGUUUGUAUUGGCCUUCCAUAAUGUGCAGUUUCUGCUGUAGAAAAGUAUGACUAGAUUCAUUUUAUAAAAACAUAACCUUAAAGUAUAAUUAAUGAAGUUUAAUUAAUAAAUAAAAAAAUAAGGACAUGCAUUUCAUCACAGAUAAGUCUGAGACUAAAAAGUAAUUGCAGGGAUUAAAAGCAUUUAGAUAGCCGUUGUCUUAUCCGCCUACUGUAUCUCGUACUUUAAUACUUUACCUGUUUCACCUCAGCUCUACCCAGGGUCGUGCACUUCCACUGAAAAACAGUGGUCAAUCACACUUAGUUCAGUAAGGAAAUAACAAACAAAAAAAGUUGUUAAAAUCGAGUAUAUUUCAAAUUGCAGUGUAGGAUUUACUUAAAAAUGUUAGCAUCAGCAGUGGUAUGUAGUAUUUGGACAGUCCUCCGUUGCCUGUUUGGUGUUCCCUUUGCUUUUAUUUUAUGGAAAUCAAAAUCAUCCAUAGAAAUUUAAAUCUUUUAAGAAGACUUGGGCUUUAUUUAAGUAAUGCUAUGUUACAAGUAAAACUGUUAAAUUAGCAGUGCCCUACUAGCAUGCAGACCAAUACUGACACAAUGGGUGGCACAGUUUGGUAAUAUGGUUUUGAUUGAUUGAUUUCACACAUAAUUGACCUACUCUGGGAGUUUUUUCACCUACAGCAUGUUAUAAAUAAUAGAAAACCAGGAAAGAGCAGCUUGACUUUGUGAAUGCUAUCGGUCAGUUUGUGUUGGUGGCAAAUAACACCGCCUGUGCAUGUCUUUAUUACAGAUCACUGAAAUGGGGAUCAAUGCCAUAUUGCCAAGAUUAAGGUUCUGUUUAGUACUUACAAUGUAUUGUGAACAGGUGUGUGGUUGUCCAGAGAGUGUCAUUAUAUAUUGGACCACUAUUGUGUGUUUUGUUUCUCCUUUUUGUGCUUGUGAAUUUUUUCCCCCCAUGGAUUUUAGUCUCACAAAAGCCUGGUGAUAAUGUUUUAUGCCCUAUGUAUGUUAUGUAACAUGCUUAAAUAUUACAUUUUAUAAACCAAAA